AGAACGUCGUGUGGUUCCAUUUUUCCUACUCCCAGUUAUCGAUCCAUUUUACCUCAAAGCGCACUUUUACCAUCAAUUAUUUUUGGACUCUCUCCCCCUCGUUCUUUGCCGCUAUUAUUGUUUUAUCACGCUGAUUUUGAAGAAACAGAAAAACAAAACCUUUAGCCAACAGCUGAGCGGAGCCUGUGUGUAACCUUAUUAGAUAACAUUCCAGCAGAGUGAAGAGAACGAGCAAUGUCGGCAAAAGCAAUUCGUGAAGCGACGGGAAAGACGAUCCUUAACUCGGCCUUGGCGAAAUGUCCACACUUUUCGCCUUGCCGGUUCGCCUCAGUCGAUGAGGAUAGUUUGGGCGAUGGGCUGCUAAACAACAAUGCGUGGUUGACCUCCACACCCCUCGUUGUCAAACCGGACCAGCUGAUCAAACGCAGAGGAAAGUUGGGGCUUAUCAAGGUCAAUGUAGACUUCCCAGGGGUGAAGCAAUGGCUCAGUGAGUUUAUGCUGAAGGAAAUUAAGAUUGGCAGAACUAGCGGAAAAUUGCGCAAUUUCAUCAUCGAACCAUUUCUUCCUCACGCACAGGACGAAGAAUCAUAUGUAUGCAUCUACUCUCACCGAAAUGGAGAUACAAUUCUGUUUCAUCAUGAAGGGGGUGUGGACAUUGGAGACGUUGAAGCAAAGGCAAAGACACUUCUGGUUCCCAUUGACACCACACCCACUGCUGAAGAGAUUAAAAAAACUCUUUUAACAGACGUCGCAAAGGACAAACAAGAAAUGGUGGCCCAGUUCGUUGAAGCACUUUAUAAAGCCUAUGUGGAUUUGUACUUCACAUAUUUGGAAAUUAACCCAUUGGUUAUCACUGGGGGAAAGGUGCACAUUUUGGACCUUGCUGCAAAAUUGGAUGCGACAGCAGAUUUUAUUUGUCGAGGCAAAUGGGGUGAGAUUGAAUACCCUCCUCCUUUUGGACGAGACGCGUAUCCUGAAGAAGCGUAUAUAGCAGACUUGGAUUCGAAAUCGGGUGCUAGUUUGAAGCUGACUUUGCUGAACAGUGCUGGACGUAUUUGGACAAUGGUUGCUGGUGGUGGGGCUUCCGUAAUUUAUAGUGACACGAUCUGUGAAUACGGUGGUGCAAGCGAACUUGCCAAUUAUGGUGAAUAUUCUGGGGCGCCGUCAGAGCAGCAAACUUACGAGUACGCGAAAACAAUCUUGAGUUUGAUGACCAAGGAAAAACACCCGGAAGGAAAGGUUCUCAUCAUUGGAGGUGGCAUUGCUAAUUUCACGAACGUUGCAGCUACUUUCAAGGGAAUUGUUCAAGCCCUGCAAGAGUUUCAAGUCAAACUGAUUGAUCACAAGAUAUCGAUCUUUGUGCGAAGAGCUGGCCCAAAUUAUCAAGAAGGUUUAAGGGUCAUUCGUGAGAUUGGAACUAAUCUUGGAAUCCCCCUACAUGUUUUCGGACCGGAGACACACAUGACGGCUAUCGUAGGUAUGGCUUUGGGGAAAAGACCCAUCAUUGAACAUGCCGAAGGACAUUGCCCAAGUACUACAGCUAAUUUCUUGCUUCCUGGUGGACAGACUGAUGUUAAAAGUCCAGUUGCGUCACGAAAGACAUCAACUGCAUCUGGAAAGCCAGCCAUAGACGUGAUUGACAGUUCAGUGAAACCUGAAGGAGCACUUUUCCACCGGGGUACAAAAGCAAUCAUUUGGGGAAUGCAAACCAGGGCCGUGCAAGGAAUGUUGGACUUUGACUUUGUUUGUAGGAGAAACAGUCCAUCGGUUGUUGCAAUGGUGUAUCCGUUCACUGGAGAUCACAAGCAAAAAUUCUACUGGGGUCACAAAGAAAUCUUAGUUCCAGUUUACAAAAGUAUGGAAGACGCGUUCAAAAAGCACCCUGACUCCGAUGUCUUGGUUAACUUCGCAUCCCUUCGAUCAGCCUAUGAGUCUACGAUGGAUGCAUUGGACUUUCCACAAAUUAGAACGAUUGCCAUCAUUGCCGAAGGAAUACCAGAAAACAUGACCAGAAAGAUGAUUAAAAAGGCGCAUGAAAAGAAAGUCAGCAUUAUUGGUCCAGCUACCGUUGGUGGAAUAAGACCUGGAUGCUUCAAAAUUGGAAAUACCGGAGGAAUGAUGGAUAACAUAUUAUAUUCUAAACUAUACCGACAAGGGAGCGUUGCGUACGUUUCAAGAUCGGGAGGCAUGUCCAAUGAACUAAACAACAUUGUGUCUAAAGCGUCGGAUGGCGUUUAUGAGGGAGUUGCUAUUGGAGGUGAUCGCUAUCCAGGGACAACUUUUAUGGACCACAUUAUGCGUUACCAAGCUGAUCCUGAGGUCAAAAUGAUUGUAUUGUUGGGAGAGGUCGGAGGUGUUGAAGAAUAUGAAGUGUGCGAUGCAUUGAAAUCAAAGAAUAUCUCAAAGCCAAUGGUAGCUUGGUGUAUUGGGACAUGUGCGGGUAUGUUCAACUCCGAAGUUCAGUUUGGGCAUGCCGGGGCUUGUGCAAACUCGGACCGUGAAACUGCACUUGCAAAGAACAAGGCUCUAAAGGAAGCUGGAGCUUUUGUUCCCAGUUCAUUUGAUGAUUUGGGGGAACAAAUUCAAAACGUAUUCGAUGGUUUGGUAUCAAAAGGAGUCAUCAUUCCACGCGAAGAAGUUCCACCUCCAACCGUUCCAAUGGAUUUCUCAUGGGCAAGAGAACUUGGUCUCAUUCGAAAACCUGCUUCCUUCAUGACUUCCAUUUGCGAUGAACGUGGACAGGAAUUGUUGUAUGCAGGAAUGCCCAUUACUGACGUUCUCAAAAAAGAGCUCGGUCUGGGUGGUGUAAUAUCACUUUUGUGGUUCCAAAGACCUUUGCCUCCUGCCGCCUGCAAAUUUUUCGAAAUGUGCUUGAUGGUUACUGCAGAUCACGGACCAGCUGUCUCAGGUGCACAUAACACAAUUGUAUGUGCUCGUGCUGGAAAAGAUCUCGUUUCAUCCCUCGUCUCUGGUUUGUUGACAAUUGGUGAUCGUUUUGGUGGUGCUCUAAAUGGUGCAGCAAAACAAUUCAGUGAGGCGUAUGAUGCUGGAUUAAUUCCUAUGGAGUUUGUCAACGAUAUGCGAAAGAAGGGUCAAUUGAUUAUGGGAAUCGGACAUCGUGUGAAAUCCAUCAAUAAUCCUGACAUGAGAGUUACAAUCAUGAAAGAAUUUGUCAAGUCCACCUUUGCAACUACUCCCUUAUUGGAUUAUGCCCUCGAGGUGGAAAAAAUUACCACGUCCAAGAAACCAAAUUUGAUUUUGAACGUGGAUGGCGUGAUUGCUGUUGCUUUUGUUGAUUUCCUCCGUAAUUCUGGAUGUUUUACUAGAGAGGAAGCUCAAGAGUAUAUCGACAUGGGAGCUAUCAAUGGGCUGUUCGUCUUAGGUCGUAGCAUCGGAUUUAUUGGUCACUACAUGGACCAGAAACGUCUGAAGCAAGGAUUAUAUAGGCAUCCAUGGGAUGAUAUCAGUUACGUACUUCCUGAACAAUACAACGGAUAAUAAAUCAGUCAUCUGAAGACCACAUAGCGAAUACUCGUUCAAUUCCAAUAAUAAUUCAAGAACAUAACAUGCCAUUAUCCCUUCCGAAACAUUCAUGCGAAUGAAUGAUGUUUUAGAAAAAAAAGUAUAUUUAUCUGAAGAAAAAACAACUAUCAUCGUCAAUGUGAAAUUCAAUUAGUCUCUCAUAAAGUAGUUGAUAGCAUGGCCUUUCAAAUAGCGAACUGUAAACUGAUCUGAAGAAAGCUGACAUAUCAAACAAACAUAUCAUUAGAAAGUUGUGAAUCAAGCAAAGCUUACGUCUUAGACUGGAUACUCUCUUCCUCCUCAACAUGAAAAGGUAGACAGAACUGCCCCAACCCCCGACUACAUCAAUUACAACGACUAUUUUAUUAAUUCUUAAUUACAAACCUCAUCAUGGUGGAUUAUUUAUGUGGUGAAUGGAAUCCUUUAAAAUCUAUACCUUUAUUUUUAAACAAAUCGACUGUCGAACUCUCAACAUUGUGUUCUCAAUUAUUAUGAUCCAUUAUUAUUUCAUUUUACUUGUCUACGUUUGUGACCUUUUUACUUUAUGAUGUAUUAUCAAACAAGAGUUUGGCAUAUAUGAGCAGUAUCUGUACCUUAAAAUUCAGUAAAUAAACUACCAUUAGAACUAA